GUACCAAUCUGUGGUUGCAUAUGCUUUCUCAUCACAGAUUAUAUCAGUAACAGUUGGAGAGUUAGUUGCAAGAUGGGGAUAAUCAGGAGCUCUUUCUCUUUCAUGACGGGGACAUUGUUCGGAAUCUACAUUGCCCAGAACUACAACGUUCCCAACAUUAAGAAGCUCGCCAACACUGGGCUCUUGUUUAUGAAGCACAUUGAAGAAACCUAUCGGAAGCCCAAGAAGAAAGACGACGAAAAUUAGCUUACCUGCUGGGAUUGCUCAGGUUCCUUCUUCUUUCACUUACGAUGGUGGAGAUUUAAUUUUGAGGGUUUACUUUUUUCCUUUUUUUUUUUGUAAUUCAUUACGAUACGAAAAUUGGUUGACCUAACUUUUGU